AUGGCAUCAUGUUCUAUUGCUGCAAAGGAAGCAGAAGUUGAGUCUACAAUGCUGCCAAACUGGCUUGAUCUUCCAAGGGACAUCACGAGUAACAUCCUACAGAUGCUUGGUACAGUGGAAGUUGUCACUAGUGCGUGCCUUGUCUGCCCUCUAUGGUGGAACAUUUGCAAGGAUCCUCUCAUGUGGCACACCAUUCACAUUACCUAUUUAAAAAGUUUAUCCCACAACAAUUAUACUGAUUAUGUAAGAAUUUUGGGUCCAUUCUAUAAAAAUCAUUCAGAGUAUCAGAAGGUUUGUCGUUAUGCUGUUGAUCGAAGCUGCGGUCAUCUGAUAGACAUUAAUAUUGAGUACUUUUGCACUGAUGAUCUCCUUGAAAGUAUAGCUGAAAAUGCUUAUAACCUACGAACGAUGAGGCUCCUAAAUUGCGCUAGUAUUUCUGAUAAAGGAUUUAGUGAAGCUGUGAAAAAAUUUUCACAGUUAGAGAAGUUGGACAUCUCAUAUUGUAAGCUAUCUAAGGAUUCUCUUGAAGUCCUUGGCCGAUCUUGUCCUCUUCUAAAAUCCCUAAUAUUUAAGAGAUUUGGGUCUCUAAAUCGCGGUGUUGCUGAUAAUGAGGCUCGUGUUAUUUCUGAAACAAUGACUGGAUUAAGUCAUCUUGAUAUUCAAGGAAACAGUCUCACUAAGGUUGGGCUUGUUUCCAUUCUUGACAAAUGUACUCUUCUUGAGUAUCUUGACAUUCAAAGAUGUUACAAUCUCAGUUUGACUGAAGAUUUGAAGAAAAGAUGCCUUGAGCAGAUUAAGGUUUUACUAUUGCCAAUUUGCGAUGACAAGGACUGGGAUGAAUAUUCUCGUCAUUAUUAUUUUGAUUAUUAUUAUUAUGAGGAUUUUGAUAAUCUUGAUUAUGAUGAUAUAGUCGAAGGUUAUUAG